ACAAGGAGCCAGAUAAUGAGACAGCCUACGUCAGCGCCGGCAUUCCUCGGCGAAUCGGGCUUUUUCCGUCUUAAUAUCUCGACAUGCAAAACCUCAAACCUCUGAACCGCUUCGUUAGAAAAUAACAACACGGGGCAUUUAAAUAAUUCCCCUGGAAUUAAAUGCAAAAAACUUUCUCUAAUUUGCCGGUCUUUACUCAAUGAAUGGAUAUAGCUUAAGUCUAUCUUAUAGAAGAAAAAUAUGUAAUUAAUUUUUACUUUAAACUUUCACAAUCAAUGUUUCUGGGAUCCGGAGCACAUUUGAAGGCAUGUACACGCCCAACGCGAUACAUCUACCGUAGGGUUUCUUUGCAUAUUUGCCACCCAGGAUGUCCUUAAUGUUUGGGAGAUCUCGGGGGUUUAGCGCUGCCUCCGCUCCCGACCGAGGGCGAGCCGAGUGUAACGUCGCCGUGCUGGGAAUGACGGGAUCUGGGAAAUCAGCCCUGACUGUAAAGUUCCUCACCAGGCGAUUCAUCAGCGAGUAUGACCCCAACCUUGAUUUGAAAUGUGCCCACCCUGUUUCAGAAGACACAUAUACCUCUGAAGAGGUGGUGGAUCAACAGCCCGUCCUCCUGAAAAUUAUGGACACUGCUGACCAGGACGGGCCGGCAAACUGUGAGCGAUACCUGACCUGGGCGAGCGCCUUCCUGGUGGUCUACAGCAUCGACAAUCGACGCAGCUUCGAAACCUGCCAGCAGUACCUGGAUGUUCUGAGUCUCCAUACUAAGGGCCUCCACCCUGAGACCCCCAUCAUCCUGCUGGGGAAUAAGCUGGACAUGGAGAGACACAGACAGGUGAGCAAAUCUGACGCAGUGAGCCUGGCCUCGAGAUACGGCUGCCUGUUCUUCGAGGUGUCCGCCUGCGCCAAUUACCCCCCGGUGCAGCACGUCUUUCACGAGGCGGUGCGAGAGGCACGGAGGGAGUCGGAGGCGGGUCUGGCCUCACGGCCACUCUUCAUCAGCGAGGACAAGCAUGUGACCCCCGUCCCCCCACUCACCGCCUGCCUCAGGGAGCUGCCUGCCCCAGCCACGGCCAAGCUGGUCACCGUCAAGUCCUCGCGAGCGCAGAGCAAGCGCCGUGCCCCCACGCUCACCCUACUCAAAGGCUUCAAGAUCUUCUGACUUCCUAGUGCUUUGUGAAUCUUGAUGAUAUUCAGCUGUUACCUCGGUCAGUCUGAGAGCUGACCUGUGAGUACACUUGUCUUCCACUUUAGCUUUUGUUGUAAAUAAUACCAGUUACGAGGUUUUGCUCGCCACCUGGACUGGGGACCUGCAGAGGGGCGUGGCUGAGCACCUGCCCUUUUUGGCCGAAUGAUUGAAAUUGCCUCCCUUUUGAGGUCCUGAGUGCCGCUUUUCGAUCACCGACAAUGAGCGACUUAGGAACCUGCAGCCUGGUCUGGUUUCUUCUGGAAACAUCUCACCACCCACGGAACUUUCUUCCAAAAUGUGAGGCUAUGAGUCGGCUGGAGGAUAUAUCACCUGACCACUGGUGACACAGAGCGGAGAUUUGCCUGCCUAGACACUGCUGAUUACCAGCAUCUGAAGUAGAGCGGCUCUCUUUCCGUGACCCGGUGCAGGGUAAAGGCACCAAGAUGAGGCCUGCGUUCUGCUUAUGAUGCUCCACAGCGUUCACAGAUAGCCAAGAAUUAGGGACAAAGUUAACAAAUUAGUGUUAAAAUAUGAGAAUAUUAUUAAAAUGUCAUUUAACUCACCCAAGAAGAAAUAUAUUUGUUUACUGUGAGUUACUGAAGAUUUUUCUGGUUCUUCUUUUCAUCAUUAACUAUUUUACGCAGCUCAUUACUUCAGCCUUGUGGCCAAAGUGUGUAACUACAGGUAGAAAGAAACGCUUGUUUGGAGUGGGGACCUGAGGAAGUAUUUCACUCUUUCAGCUUUACAAUAAAAGAAGUCAGCUGUGCACAGGUAGUGUAGGGGUUAAGUUCUAGUGACAUGGGAGCCUAUGGCUGUGCCCCUGAUCGAGGUACUUAUCCUGCUCAGUAAAACUGCUCCAGUAAAAUAUCCAGCACUGUAAGAUUCUGAUAAUUGUAAGUCACUGUGGAUUAAGCAGCUAAACGCAUAUUUACAAUCUUUACAGCAAAUUUGCACAGAAUUUCUUUUAACUGAAUAAAGUUUUGAAAAUUUG